AUGAAGGUGAGCUACGAUCAACUUCACACCAUCCUGGUGGAAAUUGAAGCAAUCGUGAACUCACGACCUCUCACAUAUGUUUCCGGAGACGCACAAGCGUAUGAAGUGCUAUCUCCACAAAGACUUUUGACUGGAAGACAGCCUGGCGCCACGACGGAGACUUCCGAGCUGACCACAAUGAGCCGCAACGAGCUGAUCGACUUAGAUAAGCAACGUAGCGAACACGCUCUAACUUGGUGGAGGCUAUGGCAAGAAUCUUACUUGUCCGACUUAAAAAGAUUCCAUUGUCGCAAGGGAAAGGGUACUAGAAUCCCCCGCGUUGGCGAAAUCGUCCUGCUAAAGGAGCCAAAUAUCAAGCGUGUUUCAUGGCCUACGGCCAUUAUAACGGAAUUGAUUCCCGGCUAUGACGGCAAGAUACAAGCUGUAAAGUUACGUCUUCGUUCAGAAAAGGAAACAACACGAGGUCUCCAAACCAUUUAUCCAUUGGAAAUUCAACAUGACGUGGAUCCGCCCGUCAAUGUUUCCGUAGACGGAUCUAGAGAAGCCGAGGCUGGCCAAGAAGAAGGAGGUGCAUCCGCGCCUAAGAAGAAACCCCCCCGCAAGAAGAAAAAGGAAUCGCCGAGGAGGACUCGCGAUUCCGCGGUUAGCCCUGAUCGGCUGUAA